CGUCCCCACGGCAACAGCCCCUUCCGCAGCGCGCUCAUUGGCUGGCCGAGAGAAUGUAUCCAUUGAGACGCUGGCUGUUUGUAUCCAUUGAGGAGCUGCCUCGCUCAGGGGGUGUGCUCUCGCGGAGUCCUAGGGACUGGGAGCAAACCGAGUCUUGAAUCCAACCGGGCUGGAUCUGAGGUGCAGCCUUAGAGGGAAGGAUUAGGAGCCGCUAGACUUUUUUUUUCUUUUCUUUUUCCCCUCCCAGUGGCACUGAGUCCGAAUUAAUUGGAUUUCAUUCACUGGGGAGGAACAAAACUGGGUACCUUCAUUCAGAGAGAUUCGCUGACUCCAAGAGCGAUCCCUGCAGCCCGGCGCAGAGGGACCACCGGCUUGCCUCCUGUGUCGCUUUCUCUAACCGGUAGCCUCGGCUUGGGAAAGGCAAGGCAGAAUCGAACCCCUCUCCGAGAGCGGCAGCUUCGCGCAGCGUGCUCGGCCUAUGCCUGCCUCGAGGGGCGUCUGCUAGGCACCCCGCCUUCUCCUGCAGCUCGACCCCCAUGAUAGAUACGCUCAGACCCGUGCCGUUCGCGUCGGAAAUGGCGAUCAGCAAGACGGUGGCGUGGCUCAACGAGCAGCUGGAGCUGGGCAACGAACGGCUGCUGCUGAUGGACUGCCGACCGCAGGAGCUGUAUGAAUCGUCGCACAUCGAAUCGGCCAUCAACGUGGCCAUCCCGGGCAUCAUGCUGCGGCGUCUGCAGAAGGGCAACCUGCCGGUGCGCGCGCUGUUCACGCGCUGCGAGGACCGGGACCGUUUUACCAGGCGCUGCGGCACCGACACCGUAGUGCUCUACGACGAGAACAGCAGCGACUGGAAUGAGAACACAGGUGGAGAGUCGGUCCUCGGGCUGCUGCUCAAGAAACUCAAAGACGAAGGCUGCCGGGCGUUCUACCUGGAAGGUGGCUUCAGUAAGUUCCAGGCUGAGUUCUCCCUGCACUGCGAGACCAAUCUAGACGGCUCGUGCAGCAGCAGCUCCCCGCCCUUGCCAGUGCUGGGGCUUGGGGGCCUGCGGAUCAGCUCCGACUCUUCCUCGGACAUUGAGUCUGACCUUGACCGAGACCCCAAUAGUGCAACGGACUCCGAUGGCAGCCCGCUGUCCAACAGCCAGCCUUCCUUCCCGGUGGAGAUUUUGCCCUUCCUUUACCUGGGCUGUGCCAAGGACUCAACCAAUUUGGACGUGUUGGAGGAGUUUGGCAUCAAGUACAUCUUGAAUGUCACCCCCAAUUUGCCCAACCUCUUUGAGAAUGCAGGGGAGUUCAAAUACAAGCAAAUCCCUAUCUCGGAUCACUGGAGCCAAAACCUGUCCCAGUUUUUCCCUGAGGCCAUUUCUUUCAUAGAUGAAGCCCGAGGCAAGAACUGCGGGGUCCUGGUGCAUUGUCUAGCAGGCAUCAGCCGCUCCGUCACCGUGACCGUUGCUUACCUUAUGCAGAAGCUCAACCUGUCCAUGAACGAUGCUUACGACAUCGUCAAGAUGAAGAAAUCCAACAUCUCCCCGAACUUCAACUUCAUGGGCCAACUGCUUGACUUUGAAAGGACACUGGGACUCAGCAGCCCCUGUGACAACCGGGUCCCGACCCAGCAGCUAUACUUCACCGCUCCUGCCAACCAGAAUGUCUACCAGGUGGACUCCCUGCAAUCUACGUGAAAGGCACACAACUUGCCUAGCUGGGAGUGCCCCAUUCCUUCAGCAGUUUCUCUUGGGCAGCAUCGAGCAGGCUGCUUCUUUGUGUGUGGCCCCAGGUGUCAAAAUGUCACCAGCUGUCUGUAUUAGACAAGGUUGCCAAGUGCAAAAUUGGUUAUUACAGAGGGAGAGAUUUGCUCCAUUCUUUCUUUUGGAAGGACAGGACAUGCUGUCUGGAUCCAGGCAAUGGGUUUGCUCCUCUACCCCCAGCCUACCCAAGCAGGGACUGGACAUCCAUCCAGAUGAGGAGGGUAGGACCAAGAAGUAGGGUAGGG